AAUUUUCCUUGACGUUUCCUCCGCCGGUCGAUCGAUUCUCCGCGGGAUUUCUGCGGCUUACUUCCAAGGACUUGAUGGACUUCCUCUCUCAUCUCUGCCCCUGCCUUGAGAAGAGGCUCAAAGGCGGCCGAACCGGCUCACACGAUGUAGACGCAGCCGACGACGACGACGACGACACUGAAAACCUUCUCUUCGAGCUCCGAACUCUCGAAAUCGCCACUAAUUCCUUCUCCGAGGAUAACCUGCUCGGCCGCGGCGGCUUUGGCCCAGUUUACAAGGGUUCGAUGCCAAAUGGUCAAGAAGUAGCGGUGAAAAGGCUUUUACUUUCAGAGCCUCCGGGACAAGGAUUGAGAGAAUUCACCAAUGAGGUGAAAUUUCUUUUGAGAAUUCAGCACCGGAACCUGGUGACAUUGCUGGGUUGUUGUAUUGAAGAAUCCGAGAAGAUGCUUGUUUAUGAAUAUCUGCCUAAUAAAAGCCUUGAUAACUUUCUCUUUGAUAAGGUUAGGUCUGCAACACUGGAUUGGACAACAAGAUUUCGGAUAGUUAAUGGAGUGGCAAGAGGUCUCCUCUACCUCCACGAAGAUGCCCCUGAAAAGAUCAUCCACAGAGACAUCAAAGCCAGCAAUAUUUUGCUAGAUGAGCAGUUGAAUCCAAAAAUCUCAGAUUUUGGAUUGGCACGUCUCUUUUCCGGGGAAAACACCCAUGCGACUACAUCUCUUUUAUGUGGUACUCCUGGUUACAUGGCCCCUGAAUAUUGCUUCAGUGGUUAUCUGUCUCCGAAGGCAGAUGUUUUCAGCUAUGGAGUCUUGGUACUGGAGAUAGUAAGUGGGAGAAAGAACUUUGACAUUAGUCUUGGUGCUGAAAAGGCGGGCCUCUUGAACUAUGCAUGGACACUCUAUAAAGAAGGGAAAUCGUUAGAUUUGAUUGACCCAACCCUUGAGAAAUGCAACCACAAUGAGGCAGCAAUGUGCAUUCAACUAGGCUUGUUAUGUUGUCAAGAGAGCACCACGGAUAGGCCAGAUAUGAACUCUGUUCAUUUCAUGCUUUCAAGUGAUUCAUUUACGUUGCCCAGACCUGGAAAACCUGGAACUAAAGGGGGUAAGGGAUGUUCGACGAACGCCUCCAUGCCACCCUUAGCUAAUACUAAUAAUACCAGCAGUGCAUCCGCCGGUGUUAUACAGGUUUCUGGUGGCAAAAGUUUUGCAGAGGAUUAUUCUAGAAAUUGCAUCUCGUAUUCUUCCAUUUUUGAGGGCAGAUGAUUCAUUGGUGUCAUUCUAACUUCAUCAUGCGCAAGUUUCAUCUUGUAUUCUUCCUUUUUGUUAUAUUUUUUGCUGCUGGAUUCUGGUGAUUUGGUCUAUAAGAAUAGAUCAAGUUAGGUAUU